UAUUUUUCUGUUAAAAUGGCUAAGUUCAUAUUAACAUCAGAUAGUGAUAUAGGUAAGAACAAAUGGUAAACCGCUAUUAUCUUAUAACAAUUGAAAAUAUUUAUUUUAUUUCAUUAUAAAUAAAUUUACACAGACAUAAAGCCCAUGAAUAUAAACAGAAGAAUAAUGUUAGAUUCAGAGGAUGAAAAUAAUUCCGCUAAGAAGAAUAAAUUAACGAAUCGAAAAAAGAGAAGAAGAAUUAUAGAGGUAGAAUCUUCAUCAGAUGAAGAUAUUGUUAUUGAGAACUUGGAUUAUGCGAAACAAAACAAAGAAAAAUAUUUGCAACAAAUAAACAAAAUUAAGCGAAAUAAUGGACAAAAAUACUAUACAAAAAGAGGAAAAUUCAUUCCUGCAAAACAAUUUGAAUCCAAAAAUUGUAAUUGCUCGCAGAAAUGUAUAGAACGUAUUAAUGAAGCACAACGUAUGGAAAUUUUUGAUAAGUUCUGGAAUAUAGGUGAUUUUAAUAAACAAAAUGUAUUUUUAUAUGGUAGUGUUCAACGAAAAUCUGUAAAUAGAAGACGGCCUAGAAAUAAUUCGGGCACUAAAAGAGCAUAUGCUUAUAAAUUUUACCUAGUCACUUCUGGUGGAAACAUUUUAGUAUGUAAGAAGUGUUUCAUUAAUACUUUCCAAAUAUCUACUGGACGAAUUGAUCGUAUCCUAAAAUCGCAUGAGAACAUUCCGAAUGACAUGCGUGGAAAAAUGGAUGGCUCUUGCAGAAGAACUAGUGAGCUACUGACGAAUACAGUGAUAGACCACAUAAAAAGCUUUCCGGCAUUUGAAAGUCAUUACACACGAUCGCAAAAUCCAGAACGAAUGUUUUUAAAUCCGGAAUUAAAUAUAAGAAAAAUGUAUAGUUUAUAUUUGGAAAAAUGCAAGGAAAACAACUUGAGCUCAGUUAAUGAAUGGACAUACAGGAAAAUCUUUAAACGAGAUUUUAAGUUACGCUUCCAUUUGCCACGUAAAGAUACCUGUGCGAAAUGCGAUUUCCUAAACAUGAAAAUUAAGACUAUAACUGAUGACGACGAAAAAACGAUUCUUGUAGAAAGACAUGAUAUUCACUUGCAAAAUGCUGAAUUAUCAAGAAAAGCAUUACAAGAGGAUAAAAUUCUAGCAUCGGGAAAUCCUGAUAAAUACUUUGCUUUCACUUUUGAUUUACAAAAAGCCUUACCAUACCCGAAAUUGUCUGUCUCAAUCGCAUAUUACAAACGAAAUAUGUACGUCUUAAACGAGGGUUUUCACAAUUUACACAAUAAUAACGUUAAUAUGUAUGUGUGGGACGAAACCAUUGCGUCUAGGGGAUCGCAAGAGGUGGCUUCAUGCUGUUUGAAGCACUUAGAAAAUGUAACGACCCAAAGCCAUGUUAUUGCCUACAGUGACAUGUGUACUGGGCAAAAUCGAAAUUUACAAAUGGCAUUGAUGUGGUUGAAGGUUGUCCAGUCGAAAAACAACAUUGAGAUAAUUGACCACAAAUUUUUACUCUCGGGGCAUUCAUACCUUCCGAACGAUGCAGAUUUUGGCAUCAUAGAAAUGGCAUUGAGAAAAAUGAAUUUUGUGUACACUCCACAAGAUUACUAUAAUGUAAUAGCGCAAUGUAGAAAACAGGAUAAAUUCAUUUUACAUGAAAUGAAACGGGAGAAUUUCAUUUCAACAAAAAAUCUCCAAAAUGCAAUUAAAAAACAGAUAAAAAAAAUACUAAUGGGGAACAGGUCAAUUGGUUGCAAAUAUGUUGGUUGAGGUUUCUCAAAAGUGCACCAUAUACCAUUUUUUAUAAAACACCGAUGAAGGACGCAGAAUUUAAAAUUAUCAAUUUAUUACCUCUACGUCCUGGAAGACCUUUAAAUUUUGAAAAAAUAGCCCUGGAGCCUUUGUACCAAAAUGCCAGACCUAUUACGUACGAAAAAUAUAAAGACAUGAAGCAGCUACUACCCUAUAUACCUCCGGUGCAUCAUGCAUAUUUUGAAACACUACCACAUGCAGAGAAUAAGUAAAUUCUUGUAAUCAGUAUCU